AGAUGGGGGAUCUGCCGAGGCUCCUCGGAUACCCCAAGCCUCGGUGGAGUCUUUAUUGGGAUAGAAGAUCGCAAGAAUAUGUCGAGUAGUAGUUAGAAGGUUGAGUUCUUACAUAUUUCAGUUUCUUAUAUUAACUCUGGGGUCACAUUUAUACAAGCCCAGCCCUUCCCACCUGUCAAACCGGAUAUAAUGUCAGAGUCUAAGCCCAAAGUUCUGUUGUUCGAUAUAGGGGGUGUCUGUGUCGUUUCCCCUUUCCAAGCAAUCCUCGAUUAUGAGUUAAGCCUGGGGAUCCCUCCAGGGUGGGUCAACUAUUCAAUAUCCAGGACUGCCCCCAAUGGCUUCUGGCAUCGAUUGGAAAAAGGAGAAAUCGAGAUGAAUGAAGAAUUCUUCAGGGGUUUCAGUCAAGACCUUCAUGAUCCCAUUAGAUGGGAGACCUUCUACAAGCGAGAGCAAAGCAAAAAUCCCAGUCUCCCAAAGGAAACCCCUCCAGUUCCUUCAGUCGAUGCAGAAUGGCUUUUCAACGAGAUGAUGACGGUUUCUAACAACCCCGACCCAUGGAUGUUCCCAGCAUUGAAAAAGCUGAAGGGGGAUGGGCGAUUCAUUCUCGCAGCUCUGAGUAAUACCGUCAUCUUUCCGCCUGGCCAUAAGCUCCACCUUGACCAUUUCUUUGACGAGCCUGUGCGGCAGAUAUUUGAUGUCUUCAUUUCUUCCGCCCAUGUUGGAAUCCGAAAGCCAGAUCCGGCCAUGUAUAAGCUUGCUCUCGACCGAGUAAACGAAUUCGCGAAAGCCAAUGCUCAUUCAGCUCGGGGGAAAAGCUUGAGCUGGGAGGUUGGUAUCAAGGCAGAGGAAGUAACUUUUCUCGAUGACAUCGGGGAGAAUUUGAAGGAAGCACGCAGACAAGGACUGCAAACAAUCAAGGUGAACCUUGGUCGAGCAUUCGAGGCUGUUGAUGAGCUGGAGAGAGUGACUGGGUUGAAGCUCGCUGGUGAUCAUCCAAGGAUGCCCGUUGAACCAAAGGCUCAGAAAGUCAAGGCAAAAAUGUGAGAUAGAUUUAAAGAUAUUCAGGAACGCUCGUAUAUCAAAUCUUCCUGGCGAUAUAGACGUAGAGAAUAUCAGAUACCUCAACCUUGCCAUCCACUGCAGCAUUGUGCCACUCUUCCUUGAAAUAUUCUCUUCCUUUGACUCUCAAUUCUUCCGUUACAAUUGAGGCAGUCAGAGGGCCAUUGACAACGUAGUCAAACUGCUCAUCUGCCUUGUCGAGACCGAAAUACGUUGAGCCAAGUCCAACAAUCUUUUCCAAAGCCUCAACCUUUUCAACCACGAAACCACGACUUUCCAAUAUCUCACUAAAAGACUCUUUAGACUUGAUCCAGCUUCGGUUGGAGGGGAAUGGCAUGCCCAAUCGGCGAGCGACUUUCUCUAAUAGCAGGCCCGAGCGAAGAUUAUACUCAUGAGUGAUGUCGAUGGCAACUCUGCCGCCUGGCUUGAGAUACCCCCGCCAAUGGGCGACAACUUCCUCUGGAUUUUCAAACAGAACAAAGGCAUUUGAGCAUAGAAUGAGAUCAAAGCUGUCCCUGUCUACAUUUGGACAACCGGUCAAAUCAGUGACGCUGUGUCGAACAAGUUUAAUGCGACGAUACAAUGUUUCGUCGUGAUCCAGUUUCUUGCUUGCUUCCGAGAGCAUCGCUUCAGUUAUGUCGACACCAAUGACAAUCCCAUCAUCGCCGACGUGCCUUGCUGCAAUGACAGCCUCCAGGCCAGUUCCACAGGCGAGGUCGAGAACGCGAUCGCCGGAUUUGAUGGGAACAAGUUCCAUGAACCGUUUGCUGUAGUCGGGAUGCCAAGAAUCCUCGUAGUCGGUUGCUCGUUCAGUGUACAUGCGCUGAGCGGCAUCUGAUUGACUUUCGGUCGAAGGCAUGACGAGAGUGUUUGUAAUCAAAAUUGUGUACUUGUGGGAGUAUCAGCUAAUACAAUUUCAAUGGUAGUGAUAAGUUCGUCGACCGAUUCAACUGAUGAGCUAUCUUUGUGCUUCUAAGAGUCAAUCGUGAGAUAUAUUCUUGGUUGACAGGGCCGGGGUGUUGUUACACCGAUUACAGUUAUAUGAGUACCUAGUAGUCUCGUUGAUUGGCUCAUCACGUCUUAACUUACCUCCUACCUACCCACCUACCAAUAUCUACUUAGGUAGUACAACUUCGAAUCGCUAUGAUUCAAUUAGAGAAGCGUGAUUCCUACCCGAGAAUCUACAACUCACUUCCAUAUCAACUUCCUCCAACUCAACCACAGGUUUGAUGAUUCAAUCCAGGUCGCUUCUGCAGAAGUGACGCCAUGCUAGGGAAGCUAUCCCCACAACUCGCAACGGCCCGUCCGCGUGGCUGUGAUGGUACGAGAUCUUGAGUACCGCUGAAGAAUGCCCCAUAAAUGGUAUUGCGCAUUUGAGAAACACCAAUUUUAGAGAGAGAACUAGGACUGAAUUUGACUCGAGGCGCCCUCGGAUGCCUCGUGACCCUUGAUGAUACGACUCGCAGGGGG